CCGGGAUUGUAGAGACUCUUUGAGAGAAGGAACUGGACUCCUCAAGCUAUGCUUUACCUGAAGGGUGCACAGGGGCGCCGCUUCAUCUCGGACCAGAGUCAGAGGAAGGAGCUCUCCGACCGGCCGCCCCCGGAAAGACGAAGUCCAGAUGCCCAACUACUAACUCUUCCAGAGGCAGCAGCUCUGCUGUUAGCUUCCUUGCAGAAACCACAAGAAGCUGGAGAAGAAAGCCUUGAUCAAACGAGAUACCUGAAUGACAACCUGGUAGAUUGGUGAAUAUACACCCAAUUGCAUACAGUACAGUUCUGCCCUUGUUGAAGACAUGAACCAUGUAAAUAAAACUCGUGGACCCUUUGUACUUCAUUUGCAGUCUUAGGAAUAUGCACAACUAGUUUUAUUCUUCUAGGAGCAAAAGUAAGGUGGAGUUCUUAGCUGAGAAUAGCACUGCCUUUUUUUAUUUUUUAAAUUUUUUUUAUUGCUUCAAGUCCUGUUUAGAUUACCUUCUGUCUUAUUCUUGAAUUUUUUUUAGUGCAUUUACAAUGAUAAGACUGAAGACUCUUUACAGCAUUCUUUUUGUUACAGCAAAUACCCAUCUUGAUCUAAUAAUUAUUAGUUGUUGGUUUUCUCAUCUUGUCAUCCACUUGUAUUGUGUUGUCCCUCAGCGGGGACUCUCCAUCUCCUUUCCCCCCUUUUCCCACCUCCAAGGAGGGUGAAGGGGAGAACAUGGCAGGAUGAGAAAGAGUAGAGUGUGAUUCUCUUAGCAAUUCAUCCAGAAGAAAGUUAUGACUGGAAGGGGGAAGGGGUGGACAGGGAGGAAGCCCUGUGAUUAGAACACUUCAGUGCUGGAGCUGAGAAAGGGCCCUUUGGGGAAGCUUGGAGCUCCCCCUUGUGAUCUCGGAUCUCCCUGAAUUCAGUUUAGAAACAUGGAUCUAAGAGUUACUGGGAAAUAAGCAGAUGAGACACACGUUGCUCCUCUGUACGCUGUCCAAAAAGAACAAACCAGUUUUUUAAAGGUAACACAUUCUUCAUGGCUAAACAGACUGCAUAUUUUAUUGGCUAGAACUCUAGAUUUUAUUUGACAUCAAAACACUAUAUCAAGGCACCCUGAUAACAUAAGUGCAUGGUAAUAGGCCUAAUUUACUCCUUUUUAAAGUCAACGUGUGUUCAGUGCUAUCUGAAAAAUACACACACACAC